AUGGCGGAGGAAACCCCAUCUGUGCUGCCGGGCCUUCCAGGCUUUGACCCGGACAACCUUCAGCCAUGGACUGUGCAAGUAAUAGCGUCCAUGACUGUCCUGGCAGUUGUGUGCGUCAUCCUGCGUAUCAUUAGUCGCCGGAUCAGAGAGCAGGCGUUAUGGUGGGAUGACCGCAUGAUUAUAUUUUCACUGGGCUGGUAUAUCGUUGUUGUGGGGUUCAUCUUUGCCAUGUACGACAAUGGCAUGGGCCUCCAUGCUGAUAAAGUUGAGCCUGCGAGGAUUGUCAUGAUGGCAAAAUGGCUAUUGGUGGCCGAAAUCCUCUACGCCUGGAACCUUGGCUGGACCAAGAUCAGUCUAUUGCUCAUGUAUUAUCGCAUUUUCCGUGUGCCCUACUUUAAGAAGAUGGCCUGGGCGGUCGGUGGUUUUGUCAUGGCUUGGGUCAUUUGCAUUACCUUCCUCUUCAUCUUCAUCUGUGUACCCGUUCAGAAGCUGUGGUACCCUGAUCUCCCUGGCCACUGCAUCAACCAAGUUGGCACUUGGAUCGCCAACGCCUCGUCGACCAUCUUUACCGAUCUCGCCAUCCUCAUUCUGCCCAUACCUCAGAUUUGGAAGCUUCAGUUGAGGACAACAGAGAAGAUGGGGCUGACCUUUGCCUUUGGCUUGGGGUUCUUCGUCGUCUUUGCCUCUGCUUACCGCACCUCGGUGCUUUUCACGUACACGAACAGCGAUCCUACCUACACUCUGGCGCCAACAGUCGGCUGGACAGUCAUUGAAGUUUCUGCCGGUAUCAUAUCCGCAUGCCUACCCACCCUACUACCGGUUCUUCGACUCUUUGCCAGGAGCAUCGGUAUCAAGCGCAACUUUCUGUCUCCGAACCGAGGAACCAGCGGUGCCAAGUCUUCCAACCUCAACAAGUCGAACCUGAGCGGCCCCAGCCAGAACAAGAGCACCAAUGGUCUCGCCGGAGAGUCGAAGCGCAGGACGAGUGGCAGUGCCUUUUAUCGCCUUGAAGACGAAACCGAGUCCGACGGCAGCUUCAACAACGCGUCUCAACAGGUUGUGAUGAACUCCUCGUUCAGACCUGACACAAAAGGGUAUAAAUACACUGUCAAAACCUCCCGGAUGGACGAACCUCCGGCUGACGAAACAAGGGACGACAUACCGUUACACGGAAUCCGGGUACAGACGGAGUUUCAGCAAUCCACCUCGCCGAGGUGA